UAACAUAGUAGUUUUUAUCAUUACCAAGUAUUAUAAACCAUACGUAAUUGGACAUACUAUCCUCCCAGCUAGAGGGCUGGCAGGCAGCGCAGUAGGUUUGUUCAGAGCAGCGUCACCACAGACAUGCAAGGUGUUGCACUGCGACAUUACGGUUGCAGUGUCCCUAGGCGGUAGGAAUUUUUUAGCUCCAUUAUAAUCUUACAGGACCACAGCAUACAUGCAGCCUCUUGUUGACCAAAACAUCAUUAUGCAGCACAUGACUAGUGUUACGUUGUUGGGAUCGGAGAGAAAGAGAGUUUGAAGAAAAGGCAAAGCUAAAUAGUGGAGUGUUGGCAGGGAGUGAGGGAAAGAGAAAUUUCCUCUGCUUUGUAAGCCAGUCCUUCCAUCCAGCAAAUUGAGAGAAUAGAAAACUGUUUUGUUCAAAUUGAAAAUUCGAGGGAGUCAUUAUGAAGAUUCUUGCAACAUCACUUCAAUUAUUUUAGCUGCCAUAAUCCGGUUGGGCCUCGCUGUUGGUGGAAGGAGACUAUUGAAUAUGUUUGACUUUGCUUGGAAACCAUAAAACCACAACAAAAUACUUCUCCGGAACGCUACUAGGCAACACAAGGAAACUCUUCUACACCAUGAGAAGGACUUGUGAUAAAAGACUCAGACUCAAAUAGUGCAUUCGAAGAAACGGAAGGCGAUGCUUCAGCAUCAUCUUAAUGAGUAAUCAAGAAUAAAUAUGAUUAAGGUAUCAAGUGCCUUCUCCAGCGAUCUAAGCUUCCUAAACAACAAUAACAAAACCCUGUGAAGCCUGGCCCUGACUGCCUAAAAUUAUUCGCUACUGAUUUGACAGUCAAAGGUCAGCUGUUAGGAUCUUUUUGAAAGUCAAUUUGAAAGAAGCCGGUGGAAUGUCCUCAUUGAACUGCAUCACUUCCUUCCUGGGACCAUCAGGGCACCUCCCCAGCCUUUCAAGAUAGGUUCUGCUCCAAAAGGUCAACCUGGCAGUGGAAACCCCCGGCAAAAGUUAGCGGCCAGUGUGCAGCGCAUCUCCUGGCUGGGGCUCUCGGCCAUUUCUUUCCUCCUCGACCCCCCGGGAGGUGAACCCGGUGGAAAGGCUCGCGGAGAGGGUGGGUCCCAGCAGGGGCUUUGCUGCUGCGGAGAAACGCCAGAGGCCGUGCAUCUCCAGGAGGUUCCUCAGUUCAUUGAAGAGGAUAGUCUUAAACCGAAAGCAGAAAAAGAGGUGGUUCCGUCUUUAGGAGUGCCGUCCCCUCGCUGACUGCUGCAAGUGCCUGGGACCUGUUUUUGACUCCAUAGAUCGAGUUCAAGUAUGUUUUCUAGAGUGGCCUAGUGCUGCACUGCCUUGGGCGAAGAGCCUCUGGUGUUGGUUUUAUGCUACAGGAGAAACCAUGGCAGCCUCCAGGGCGGCCUCUCGGUCUCCUCGGGACAUUGCCAACGUGAUGCAAAGGCUGCAAGAUGAGCAAGAGAUAGUACAAAAACGCACUUUCACAAAAUGGAUCAACUCUCAUCUGGCCAAGCGGAAACCCCCACUGGUGGUAGAAGAUCUUUUUGAAGACAUGAAAGAUGGCGUGAAGCUUCUUGCUCUCCUAGAGGUCCUAUCGGGGCAGAAACUGCCUUGUGAGCAAGGACGGCGUCUGAAGCGAAUCCACGCUGUGGCCAACAUCGGCACGGCGCUCAAGUUCCUGGAAGGAAGGAAGUCCAUGUACAGAGGAUCACCGAUUAAAUUAGUCAACAUUAACUCCACUGAUAUAGCUGAUGGCCGGCCAUCAAUCGUCCUCGGACUGAUGUGGACCAUUAUUCUGUAUUUCCAGAUUGAGGAGCUGACCAGCAACCUGCCGCAGCUGCAGUCCUUGUCAGGCAGCACGUCCUCUGUGGACAGCACGGUCAGCUCGGAGACCGCCAGCCCCCCCAGUAAGCGGAAGGUGGCUGCCAAGAUCCAAGGAAACGCUAAGAAGACUCUGCUAAAGUGGGUUCAGUACACCGCAGCCAAGCAGACUGGAAUAGAAGUGAAGGACUUUGGGCGGAGCUGGAGAAGUGGGGUUGCCUUUCAUUCAGUCAUCCAUGCCAUCCGACCAGAACUAGUGGACUUGGAGAGGGUGAGAGGAAGAUCCAACCGAGAAAACCUGGAGGAAGCCUUCACUAUUGCUGAGACAGAACUGGGGAUCCCCAGAUUGCUAGAUCCUGAAGAUGUUGAUGUGGAUAAACCAGAUGAGAAGUCUAUUAUGACCUAUGUAGCCCAGUUCCUGAAGCAAUACCCUGACCUACACACUGAAGCCGCUGACGGGCAAGAGAGUGAUGAAAUAUUUCCAGGUUUCCCAUCUUUUGCACAUUCUAUCCAAAAUGUUAAGAGAGAAAACAGGCUAAUUUUGAAGGAAAUGAAAGUUUGGAUUGAACAAUUUGAAAGAGACUUGACAAGGGCACAGAUGACAGAAUUGAAUUUGCAGGAUAAAUACCAGUCAUUUAAGCACUUCAGAGUUCAGUAUGAAAUAAAAAGGAAACAGAUUGAACAUUUACUACAACCGUUACAUAGAGAUGGCAAAUUGUCACUUGACCAAGCCUUGGUGAAACAGUCCUGGGAUAGACUGUCCUCCAGGCUCUUCGACUGGCAUAUACAGCUUGAUAAAUCUCUUCCAGCACCUCUGGGCACUAUAGGUGCCUGGUUAUACAGAGCAGAGGUGGCCCUGAGAGAGGAAGUAACCAUUCAGCAGGUUCAUGAGGAAACGGCCAACACAAUACAGAGGAAACUUGAGCAACACAAGGAUCUGCUUCAAAACACAGAUGCCCACAAAAGAGCCUUCCAUGAAAUCUACCGGACCAGGUCUGUCAACGGGAUCCCAGUGCCCCCUGAUCAAUUAGAGGACAUGGCCGAGAGGUUUCAUUUUGUGUCCUCCACAUCAGAACUGCACUUAAUGAAAAUGGAAUUUCUAGAAUUAAAGUACCGUCUGCUCUCGCUGCUGGUUCUUGCAGAGUCAAAGCUGAAGACUUGGAUCAUCAAGUAUGGAAGAAGAGAGUCCGUGGAGCUGCUUCUGCAAAGCUACGUUGCUUUUAUAGAAAACAGCAAGUUCUUUGAGCAAUAUGAAGUGACGUACCAGAUCUUGAAACAGACAGCUGAGAUGUACGUCAAAGCCGAUGGUUCAGUGGAAGAAGCUGAGAAUGUGAUGAAAUUCAUGAAUGAAACUACUGCCCAGUGGAGGAACCUCUCAGUAGAAGUCAGAAGUGUGAGGAGCAUGCUGGAAGAAGUAAUUUCUAACUGGGAUCGAUAUGGCAAUACUGUGGCUAGUCUUCAGGCCUGGCUAGAGGAUGCUGAGAAAAUGCUAAAUCAAUCAGAACUUGCCAAAAAGGAUUUUUUUCGAAAUUUGCCUCAUUGGAUACAGCAACACACUGCCAUGAAUGAUGCUGGCAAUUUUCUAAUUGAAACGUGCGAUGAGCUGGUUUCCCGUGAUCUUAAACAACAAUUAUUAUUGCUAAAUGGGCGAUGGAGGGAGUUGUUUAUGGAGGUCAAGCAAUAUGCUCGAGCUGACGAGAUGGACAGAAUGAAGAAAGAAUACACAGACUGUAUUACCACCCUGUCUGAUUUUGCAACCGAAGCCCAUAGGAAACUUUCUGAACCUUUAGAAGUCUCUUUUAUUAAUGUCAAGUUAUUAAUUCAAGACUUGGAGGAUAUUGAGCAAAGGGUUCCUGUGAUGGAAGCUCAAUACAAGAUAAUCACAAAAACAGCACACCUCAUUUCCAAAGAGAGCUCCCAAGAAGAAGCUAAUGAAAUGUUUGCAACCAUGUCUGGGCUCAAAGAGCAGCUAACCAAGGUCAAAGAACGUUACACCCCUCUUCUUCAUGAGUCUCAACAACUGUCAACACCUUUGGAGGAAUUAGAAAAGCAGAUGACGUUCUUUUAUGAGUCACUUGGGAAAAUCAAUGAGGUUAUCACAGUGCUUGAGCAUGAGGCACAAUCUAGUGCUCUUUUUAAACAAAAACAUCAGGAACUGUUAGCUUGUCAAGAAAGCUGUAAGAAAAGCAUGACACAAAUUGAAAAAGGCAGUCAGAGUGUUCAGAAGUUUGUGACCUUGAGCAAUGUGUUAAAGCAUUUUGAUCAGACAAAGCUGCAGAGACAGGUCGUGGAAGUUCAUAUAGCCUUUCAGAACAUGGUAAAGAAAACUGGAGAUUGGAAGAAACAUGUGGAAACCAACAGCCGCCUGAUGAAGAAAUUUGAGGAGUCUCGAGCCGAGUUGGAGAAGGUGCUGAGGAUGGCGCAGGAGAGCCUGGAGGAAAAGGGGGACCCGGAAGACCUCCUGAGGAGACACACUGAGUUUUUCAGUCAGCUGGAUCAGAGGGUUCUCAAUGCUUUCCUGAAAGCUUGUGAUGAGCUCACAGACAUUCUCCCGGAGCAGGAACAGCAGGGCCUACAGGAAGCCGUCAGAAAGCUCCACAAACAGUGGAAGGAUCUUCAAGGAGAAGCCCCGUAUCACUUGCUUCACCUGAAGAUUGAUGUGAAGAAGAACAGAUUCCUGGCUUGUGUCAAAGAAUGCAGAACAGAGCUGGAUCGAGAGAUGAAGCUGGUGCCCCAGGAAGGCAGUGAGAAGAUUAUUAAAGAGCACAGGAUGUUCUUCAGUGACAAAGGGCCUCAUCAUCUCUGUGAGAAAAGGUUACAGCUCAUUGAAGAAUUGUGUCUGAAACUCCCAGUCCGGGACCCCGUAAGGAACACACCUGAAGCCUGUCACGUGAUGCUCAAAGAGCUCAGAGCUGCCAUCGAUAGCACCUACGCGAAGCUCGUGGCAGACCCAGACAAGUGGAAGGACUACACCAGCAGAAUUUCUGAGUUCUCAUCUUGGAUAGCUGCAAAGGAGAAACAGCUGAAGGGGAUUAAGAGUGAGGCCGUUGAUACUGCCAACCAUGGAGAGAUGAAACAGGCUGUAGAGGACAUAAGAAAUGGUGUUACCGAAAAAGGCGAGACUCUCAGCUGGCUGAAAUCCAGGCUUAAAAUUUUGAUUGAAGUUUCUUCUGAGAAAGAAGCCCAAAAGCAAGGAGAUGAGCUGGCAAACUUAUCUGGUUCCUUCAAGGCUCUCAUAGCUUUGUUGUCAGAGGUUGAAAAGAUGUUAAGCAACUUUGGGGACUGUGUCCAAUACAAAGAAAUUGUCAAGAGUUCCCUUGAAGAGUUAAUUUCUGGUUCUAAAGAAGUCCAGGGGCAAGCUGACAAGAUACUGGACACUGAAAAUCUGUUCGAAGCGCAGCAGUUACUUCUUCAUCACCAGCAAAAGACAAAGAGGAUCGCUGCAAAGAAGAGGGACGUGCAGCAGCAAAUUAUGCUCACUCAGCAAGGAGAAGGUGGGCUGCCGGGCCGGGAGGAGCUACGGAAGCUGGAGAGCACCCUGGACAACAUGGAGCACAGCAGGGAGAAGCAGGAACGUCGCAUCCAGGUCACAUUAAGAAAAUGGGAGCGAUUUGAAACAAACAAAGAGACAGUGGUCCGAUACCUUUUUCAAACAGGUUCCAGCCAUGAGCGCUUUUUGAGUUUUAGCAGUUUGGAAAGUUUAUCUUCAGAAUUGGAACAGACCAAGGAGUUUUCUAAACGAACAGAAGGGAUUGCCGUCCAGGCUGAGAACCUGGUGAAGGAAGCUUCCGAGAUACCACUUGGGCCCAAGAAUAAGCAGCUGCUUCAACAACAGGCCAAGUCAAUCAAAGAACAAGUCAAAAAAUUAGAAGACACACUUGAAGAAGAUAUUAAAACCAUGGAAAUGGUGAAAAACAAGUGGGAUCAUUUUGGCAAUAAUUUUGAGACCCUGUCCAUCUGGAUAACUGAGAAAGAAAAAGAACUCAAUGCCUUGGAAACUUCGUCAUCUGCCAUGGAUAUGCAAAUCAACCAAAUUAAGGUUACAAUUCAGGAAAUUGAAAGUAAGGUCAGCAGCAUCACAGGACUAGAAGAAGAAGCUCAGUCUUUUGCCCAAUUUAUUACCACUGGAGAAUCUGCUCGAAUCAAAGCCAAAUUGACACAAAUAAGAAGAUAUUGGGAGGAACUCCGAGAGCAUGCACAAUGUCUAGAAGGAACAAUCCUGGGACACUUAUCUCAGCAGCAAAAGUUUGAAGAGAAUCUUAGAAAGGUCCAGCAGUCUGUGUCUGAAUUUGAAGAUAAACUUGCUGAUCCAAUUAAAAUAUGUUCUUCAGCAACAGAAACAUACAAAGCUCUCCAAGAACAUAUGGAUCUUUGUCAGGCCCUGGAGUCGCUGAACAGCUCAAUGGCUGCCCUCUUGGCCAGCGCCCAGAAGGUCGCUAACAGAGACUCCUCCAUCCAGGAGGCUGCAGCCCAGCAGCAGAGACACGAGAGGGUGCUGAGUCAGGCCAAGGAGAGACAGGCUGCCCUGGAGCGCCUGCUGGCCAGCUGGCAGAGGCUUGAGAAAGAACUGUCGACCUUUUUGACCUGGUUAGAGCGGUGCGAAGCUAUAGCCAGCUCCCCGGAAAUGGAUAUUUCUGCAGAUAGAGUCAAAGUGGAGAGUGAACUUCAAUUAAUACAGACACUGCAAAAUGAAGUUGUAUCCCAGGCCUCCAUCUACAGUAACCUUUUGCAAUUGAAGGAAUCGCUGUUGUCAGUGGCCUCCAAAGAGGAUGUGAAAAUGGUGAAAGUACAUUUGGAGCAGUUGGAUGAGAGAUGGAGAGAACUGCCCCAGAUCAUAAGCAAAAGGAUUCAUUUUCUCCAGUCUGUGGUCGCUGAACACCAGCAGUUUGAUGAACUGCUGCUUUCCUUUUCUGUGUGGAUUAAACAAUUUCUCAGUGAAUUACAAACUACUUCUGAGAUAAGCAUAAUGGACCAUCAAGCAGCUCUGACUCGGCACAAGGACCACGUGGCAGAAAUAGAGAGCAAAAAGGGGGAAUUGCAAAGUCUGCAGGGACACCUCGCAAAGCUGGGUGCUAUGGGUAGAGCGGAGGACCUUCACCUCCUCCAGGGAAAAGCAGAGGACUGCUUCCAGCUGUUCGAGGAGGCCAGCCAGGUGGUGGAAAGGCGGCAGCUUGCCCUGUCCCAAUUGGCCGGAUUCUUACAGAGUCAUUCCUCUCUGUCAGAGGCUCUGCACCGGCUGAGGCAAACAGUGGAAGCAACCAACAGUAUGAACAAGAGACAGACAGAUAUAUUAGAAAAAGACCUAGCUGAUGCUAUUAAAGAUGUUAAAACAUUAGAAUCUACUGCCAUCAGUCUUGACAGCAUUCUUGCCAAAGCCCAGUAUCAUCUUAAAAGUGGAAGCUCUGAGCAAAGGACUUCCUGCAGAACUACAGCUGAUCAUCUCUGCUUCGAAUUAGAAAGCAUCCAGAACCUUCUGGGAACCAAGCAGAGUGAGGCAGAUGCCCUGGCAGUAUUGAAAAAAGCUUUCCAAGACCAGAAAGAAGAGUUGCUGAAAAGCAUAGAGGACAUUGAAGACAGGGCUGACAAAGAGCGAUUGAAAGAACCCACCCGACAAGCACUUCAACUGAGGUUGAGAGUCUUUAAUCAGUUAGAAGAUGAACUGAAUUCACAUGAGCAUGAGCUAUGUUGGUUGAAAGACAAAGCUAAGCAAAUCGCUCAGAAAGAUGUAGCUUUUGCCCCUGACGUCGAUAGGGAGAUAAACCGCUUAGAAGUCACCUGGGAUGACACCAAAAAACUAAUUCAUGAAAACCAAGGUCAAUGCUGUGGACUUAUUGACUUAAUGAGAGAAUAUCAGAACUUGAAGUCAACUGUAUCUAAAAUCCUAGAAAAUGCCAGCAAUGUGAUUGUAACCAGAACAACAAUCAAAGAUGAGGAGGACCUUAAAUGGGCUUUAUCCAAGCAUGAAACUGUCAGGAAUGAAAUGUGUAAUAAACAGAAAGAAUUGGAUAACUUUACCAGUAAAGGAAAACAGUUGCUAUCUGAGCUGAAAAAAAUUCACAGCAGUGAUUUCAUCUUGGUGAAAACAGACCUGGAGAGCACUGUGGACAGAUGGCUGGAUGUAUCAGAGAGAAUUGAGGAAAACAUGGACAAGCUGAGGGUAAGCCUGUCUAUUUGGGCUGAUGUACUCUUGAGUAAAGAAGAGAUUGAAGGAUGGUCAAACAAUUCUGUUCCACAGCUGAGUGAAAGCAUCAGCAACCUGAAUAACAGCCUGAGAGCAGGAGAAUUUCUGAAAGAAUUUGAGUCUGAAGUUAAAAACAAAGCAUUGAAAUUGGAAGAACUUCAUUCCAAAGUUAAUGAUCUAAAAGAAUUAACUAAAAAUCCAGAAACACCACCAGACCUUCAGUUUAUAGAAGCAGACUUAAGGCAGAAGCUGGAACAUGCGAAAGAAAUUACUGAAGAAGCAAAAGGAACCUUGAAAGAUUUCACUGCUCAGAGUACACAAGUGGAGAAAUUUAUUAAUGACAUAACAACCUGGCUGACAAAACUAGAAGAAUCCUUAAUGAACGGUGCCCAAACUGAGACCUGUGAAGGGCUGAAAAAAGUAAAGGAAAUACAAAAAGAACUUCAAAGUCAGCAAAGCAACAUCAGCUCCACCCAAGAAAAUCUCAACAGUUUGUGCCGCAAAUACCAUUCAGCUGAGCUGGAGAGCCUGGGUAGCGCCAUGACUGGGCUGAUAAAGAAACAUGAAGCUGUGAGCCAGUUGUGCUCCAAAACGCAGGCCAGCCUCCAGGAUUCUCUGGAAAAACACUUCAAUGAGUCUAUGCAGGAAUUCCAAGAGUGGUUUUCUGGAAUAAAAGCAGCUGCAAAACAAUCAUCAGAUCGAACUGGUGACAGCAGAGUCCUAGAAGCAAAGCUCCAUGAUCUCCAGAACAUUUUGGACUCAGUCAGCGACGGGCAGAGCAAGCUUGAUGCUGUGACUCAAGAAGGACAAACUUUGUAUGCACAUCUGUCUAAACAGCUUGUCAGUAGCAUUCAGGAACAAGUUACAAAAGCUAAUGAAGAGUUUCAAGCAUUUCUGAAACAAUGCCUGAAAGACAAACAGGCUCUUCAAGACUGUGCUUUAGAACUUGGGAGCUUUGAGGAUCAGCACAGAAAACUGAACUUAUGGAUCCGUGAAAUGGAGGAAAGGUUAAGUACAGAAAACUUAGGAGAGAGUAAACAGCACAUUCCUGAGAAGAAAAACGAAGUCCAUAAAGUUGAAAUGUUCCUGGGAGAACUACUGGCUGCCAGAGAGUCUCUCGAUAAGCUUUCCCAGAGAGGGCAGCUUCUCAGUGAAGAAGGCCGCGGAGCUGGGGAGGAAGGCCGCCUGUGCUCGCAGCUGCUCACUAACUACCAGAACCUACUCAGAAUGACCAAAGAGAAACUCAGGAGCUGCCAGCUGGCCCUGCAGGAGCACGAAGCGCUGGAGGAAGCCCUGCAGGGCAUGUGGUCCUGGGUGAAAGAUGCUCAAGACAGGCUGUCCUGUGCAGAGAGCACCAUCGGAAGCAAAGACACCUUGGAAAAGCGGCUGGUGCAAAUACAGGAUAUUCUCCUGAUGAAAGGCGAAGGAGAAGUUAAGUUGAACAUGGCCAUUGGCAAAGGGGAGCAGGCCUUGCGAAGCAGCAGUGCAGAAGGUCAGAAGGUGAUUCAGGCCCAGCUGCAGACCCUGACAGACGUGUGGGCUAACAUCAUGAGCUCCUCCGUCCGCGCUCAGAGCACUUUAGAGUCUGUGAUUAGCCAAUGGAAUGACUACCUAGAGUGGAAAAACCAGUUGGAGCAGUGGAUGGAAUCGGCAGAUAGAAAAGUAGAACAUCCCUUGAAACUGCAGCCAGGUCUGAAAGAGAAGUUUUCCCUCCUGGACCACUUUCAGUCCAUCGUAUCGGAGGGGGAAGAUCACGCCAGGGCCCUGCCCCGCCUCAGUGCUAAAUCCAGGGAGCUCUACCAGAAGACCCAGGACGAGUCUUUCAAGGAAACAGCUCAAGAGGAACUGAAAACACAGUUUAAUGAUAUAAUGACAGUUGCCAAGGAGAAGAUGAGGAAAGUGGAGGAGCUUGUGAAGGACCAUCUCAUGUAUUUAGAUGCAGUCCAGGAAUUCACAGACUGGCUUCAUUCAGCGAAGGAGGAACUUCACCGGUGGUCAGAUAUGUCCGGAGAUUCAUCAGCCGCCCAGAAAAAACUGACUAAAAUUAAGGAGCUGAUGGAUUCCAGAGAGAUUGGAGCGAGCCGCCUAAGCAGAGUGGAGUCGCUGGCCCCUGCAGUGAAACAGAACACAACUGCCAGUGGGAGUGAGCUCAUGGACACGGAGAUGCAGGCCCUGCGCGCCGACUGGAAGCAGUGGGAAGACAGUGUGUUCCAGACGCAGACCAGCUUGCAGACCCUCGUUAGCCAAAUGGCCCUGUCGGAGCAGGAGUUCUCAGGCCAAGUGGCCCAACUCGAGCAGGCCCUGGAACAGUUCAGUGCCCUCCUGACAACGUGGGCUCAGCAGUUAAGUCUCCUGGAAGGCAAGAACACAGAUAAGGAGAUAGUGCAGUGCUGGCAGCAGGGACGAGAGAUAUUGGACGCUCUACAGAAAGCAGAGCCUAAAACAGAGGAUCUCAAGUGUCAGCUGAAUGAACUGUGCCGAUUUUCCCGAGACCUGAGUACAUACAGUGGGAAAGUUUCUGGAUUGAUUAAAGAAUAUAAUUGUCUUUGUUUGCAAGCAUCCAAAAGCUGUCAGAAUAAAGAACAGAUUUUACAGCAAAGAUUUCGAAGAGCCUUCAAGGAUUUCCAGCAGUGGUUGGUGAAUGCAAAAAUCACCACCGCCAAAUGUUUUGAUAUACCUCAAAAUAUCAGUGAAGUUUCAACAAGUCUUCAGAAAAUACAGGAAUUUUCAUCAGAAAGUGAAAAUGGACAGCACAAGCUAAACACGAUGCUGUCUAAAGGAGAACUUUUGAGUUCUCUGUUGACCAAAGAGAAAGUGAAUGCUAUCCAGGCCAAAAUUGCAACUGCAAAAGAAGAUUGGAAAAAUUUUCAUUCAAAUCUCCACCAGAAGGAAUCUGCCCUAGAGAACCUAAAGAUCCAAAUGAAGGACUUUGAAGUAAGUGCUGAGCCUGUACAGGACUGGCUGAGUAAAACGGAGAAAACGGUGCAUGAAAGCAGCAACCGCCUGUAUGACCUGCCAGCCAAGAGGAGAGAGCAGCAGAAGCUCCAGUCUGUCCUUGAGGAAAUAAACUGCUACGAGCCUCAGCUCCACAGGCUGAAAGAGAAAGCUCAGCAGCUGUGGGAAGGACAAGCUGCCAGCAGGAGCUUUAUGCACAGAGUGUCGCAGCUGUCUGCUCAAUAUCUAGCGCUAAGCAAUUUAACCAAGGAGAAAGUGUCAAGACUGGAUAGAAUCGUGGCGGAGCACCAUCAGUUCUCCCUGGGGAUUAAGGAACUGCAAGACUGGAUGACAGAUGCUGUUCACAUGCUGGAUUCUUACUGUCAUCCAACGUCCGACAAAUGUGUGCUGGACAGCAGGAUGCUGAAGCUCGAGGCUCUACUGUCGGUGAAACAGGAAAAAGAGAUCCAGAUGAAAAUGAUAGUGACCAGAGGGGAAUCUGUCCUUCAGAGCACCUCUCCGGAAGGCGUGGCUGCUAUUCAGCAGCAGCUGCAGAAUGUAAAGGACAUGUGGGUUUCCCUUCUGUCUGCAGGGAUCCGUUGUAAAAGUCACCUCGAGGGAGCCCUUUCUAAGUGGACAAGUUAUCAGGAUGAUGUCCGGCAGUUUUCCGGUUGGAUGGACGGCGUGGAAGCCAGCCUCAGUGAGUCCGAAAGGCAGCCUGCGGAACUGCGGGAGAAAACAGCCGCUCUCGGCAAAGCCAAGCUAUUAAAUGAAGAAGUGCUGAGUCACAGCAGCUUGCUGGAGACCAUUGAAGUGAAGGGGGCUGGCAUGACGGAACACUAUGUCACCCAAUUAGAAUUCCAGGAUCUACAGGAACGAUACCGAGCAAUCCAGGAGAGGGCCAAGGAUGCAGUGACAAAGUCUGAAAAGCUAGUUCGCCUGCACCAAGAGUAUCAGAGAGACUUAAAGGCGUUUGAAGGUUGGCUGGGGCAAGAACAAGAGAAGCUGGAGCGAUAUUCAGUUCUCGAAGGUGAUAUCCAUACUCAUGAAACAACAUUGCGGAAUCUUCAGGAGCUGCAAGUGCACUGCGCGGAGGGGCAGGCCCUGCUGAACUCGGUGCUGCAUACCAGGGAGGGGGUGAUACCGUCAGGCAUCCCCCAGACGGAGGACCGCGCCUUGGAGUCACUCCGGCAGGACUGGCACGCUUACCAGCAGAGGCUGGCCGAGACCCGAACACAGUUCAACAAUGUGGUCAACAAACUGAGGCUGAUGGAACAAAAGUUUCAACAGGUGGAUGAAUGGCUAAAGACACUGGAGGAGAAAGUGAGCCUCAGGACUGAACGUCAGUCGAACCGGGCAGCCAAGGAGACACAGUUACAUCAGCUGAAGAAGUGGCACGAAGAAAUCACCACGUACAGAGACGAAGUUGAGGAAGUGGGAGCGCGAGCUCAGGAGAUCCUGGAUGAGCGUCGCGUGAGCAGCCGGAUGGGCUGCCAGGCCACACAGCUGACUUCCAGAUACCAGGCCCUCCUUCUGCAAGUGCUGGAACAAAUAAAAUUCCUGGAGGAAGAGAUCCAGAGUUUGGAGGAAUCUGAAUCGUCCCUAAGUUCCUAUUCUGACUGGUACAACUCUACUCAUAAAAACUUCAAGAAUGUGGCCGCCAAAAUUGACAAAGUAGAUAAAGUGAUGAUGGGGAAAAAAAUGAGGACGUUGGAGGGUUUGCUAAAAGACAUGGAGAGAGGCCACAGUUUGCUGAAAUCAGCCCGGGAGAAAGCAGAGAGGGCUCUUACAUACUUGGAAGAUGGCGAUGCAGAGGCUUUAAGGAAAGACAUCCAUGAUCACAUGGAGCAGCUGAAGGGACUGACCAGCACUGUUCGGAGAGAGCACAUGACCCUGGAAAAAGGCCUUCAUUUGGCGAAGGAAUUCUCAGACAAAUAUAAAGCGCUAACUCAGUGGAUAGCAGAAUACCAAGAAAUCUUACACGUUCCUGAGGAACCCAAAAUGGAAUUAUAUGAGAAAAAAGCUCAGUUAUCUAAGUACAAGUCACUGCAACAAACAGUGCUGUCCCAUGAGCCAUCAGUAAAAUCAGUGCGAGAGAAAGGCGAGGCUCUGCUGGACCUGGUGCAGGAUGCUACUUUAAAGGACAAAAUAGAUAAGCUUCAGAGUGACUAUCAGGACCUCUGCAUUGCAGGAAAGGAACACGUGUGUAGCCUGGAGGGGAAGGUCAGGAGCCAUGAAGAUUACAACAGUGAGCUCCAAGAAGUAGAAAAGUGGCUUCUGCAGAUGUCGGGCAGGCUGGUGACGCCCGACCUCAUGGAGGCGAGCAGCCUAGAGACAAUCACCCAGCAACUGGCCCACCACAAGGCAAUGAUGGAAGAAAUUGCUGGCUUUGAAGACCGUUUGAACAACCUUAAAAUUAAAGGCGACAAUUUGAUCAGCCAAUGUGCAGAACACCUCCAAACAAAACUUAAACAAAAUGUUCACACGCACCUACAGGGCACCAAGGAUAGUUACUCAGCCAUCUGCAGUACAGCUCAGAGGGUGUACCAGAGUUUGGAACAUGAACUUCAGAGGCAUGUUAGUCGACAAGACACUCUGCAGCAGUGCCAGGCCUGGCUUUCCGCAGUCCAGCCGGAUUUAAAGCCAAGCCCACUUCCACCUCUUAGCAGGGCAGAAGCCGUUAAGCAGGUCAAACACUUCCGAGCUUUGCAGGAACAGGCAAGGACCUACUUAGAUCUCCUCUGUUCUAUGUGUGACUUGUCAAACUCUUCAGUGAAAGCCACAGCAAAAGACAUUCAACAAACAGAGCAAAUGAUUGAACAAAGGCUUGCCCACGCACAGAGCCUAACUCAGGGCUGGGAAGAGAUCAAGCACAUGAAGGCUGAGCUCUGGAUUUACCUCCAGGAUGCUGAUCAGCAACUGCAGAAUCUGAAGAGGAGGCAUUCGGAACUGGAGCUCAACAUUGCACAGAACAUGGUUUCCCAAGUAAAGGAUUUUGUUAAGAAACUACAGAGCAAACAGGCAUCAGUCACCGCUAUUACAGAAAAGGUGAAUAAGUUAACCAAGAAGCAGGAGUCCCCUGAACACAAGGAAAUAAGUCACUUAAAUGACCAGUGGCUAGAUCUGUGCCUUCAGGCUAACAAUCUGUGUUUGCAAAGGGAAGAGGAUCUUCAGAGAACAAGAGAUUACCACGACUGUAUGAAUGCUGUUGAAGUGUUUUUGGAAAAAUUUACUACAGAAUGGGAUAACUUAGCCAGGUCCGAUGCAGAGAGCACAGCUGUCCACCUGGAGGCUUUGCAAAAGUUAGCAUUGGCAUUGCAGGAGAGGAAGCAGGCCAUUGAAGAUCUGAAAGAUAAGAAGCAGAACAUGAUAGAGCAUCUGAACUUAGAUGACAGAGAAUUAGUCAAAGAACAGACGAGUCACCUUGAACAGCGUUGGUUUCAGCUGGAGGACCUCGUUCAAAGGAAAAUCCAAGUGUCAGUCACCAACUUGGAGGAGUUGAACGUGGUGCGGGCCAGGUUUCGGGAGCUGAUGGAGUGGGCGGAAGAGCAACAGCCCAACAUUGCUGAGGCCCUCAAGCAGAGCCCCCCGCCCGAUAUGACCCAGAACCUGCUCAUGGAUCACCUCGCCAUGUGCAGCGAGCUGGAGGCCAAACAGAUGCUCCUGAAAUCACUCAUCAAGGACGCGGACCGGGUGAUGGCUGACCUGGGCCUGAAUGAGCGGCAGGUGAUCCAGAAGGCGCUGUCCGAUGCCCAACGACACGUGAAUUGUCUCAGCGACUUAGUGGGCCAGAGACGAAAGUACUUGAACAAGACCUUAUCCGAGAAAACCCAGUUUCUCAUGGCGGUGUUCCAGGCAACCAGCCAAAUUCAGCAACAUGAGCGGAAGAUCAUGUUCCGAGAGCACAUCUGCCUAUUGCCGGAUGAUGUGAGCAAACAAGUGAAGACGUGUAAGAGCACGCAAGCCAGCCUCAAGACGUAUCAAAAUGAGGUCACUGGACUUUGGGCCCAGGGUCGGGAGCUAAUGAAAGGAGCCACCGAGCAGGAAAAGAGUGAGGUCCUGGGGAAGCUUCAGGAAUUGCAGAGUGUCUACGACACGGUUUUGCAGAAGUGUAGCCAUCGGCUCCAAGAACUGGAGAAAAAUUUAGUUUCUCGGAAGCAUUUUAAGGAAGAUUUUGAUAAAGCUUGUCACUGGCUAAAACAAGCAGAUAUUGUUACAUUUCCUGAAAUCAACCUGAUGAACGACAGCCCUGAGCUCCAUACACAACUGGCCAAAUACCAACACAUUCUCGAGCAAUCUCCAGAAUAUGAAAACCUCCUACUGAUGCUGCAGAGAACUGGGCAGGCCAUAUUGCUUUCACUGAAUGAAGUCGAUCAUUCCUACCUCAGUGAAAAGCUGAACGCUCUGCCCCUACAAUUUAAUGUCAUCGUCGCCUUGGCGAAAGACAAGUUCUACAAAGUCCAAGAGACAAUUCUCGCUCGGAAAGAAUAUGCUUCCUUGAUCGAGUUAACAACCCAGUCUCUGAGUGAACUCCAAGACCAGUUCUUAAAGAUGAGCCACGUCCCCACCGACCUGGUCGUUGAAGAGGCUGUGUCCCUUCAGGAUGGCUGCCGAGCUCUUCUGGGAGAGGUGGCAGGCCUCGGGGAAGCCGUGGACGAACUGAACCAGAAGAAAGAAAGUUUUCGCAGCACCGGUCAGCCAUGGCAACCAGAGAAGAUGCGGCACCUUGUCACCUCAUACCACAGGCUGAAGCGACAAACAGAACAGAGGGUCAGCUUAUUAGAAGACACGACCAGUGCUUAUCAAGAGCAUGAGAAGAUGUGCCACCAGCUACAGACACAACUGGAGGCUGUGCAGAGAGAGCAGUCCGAAGUCAACGAGGAGAUGCUGCCUGCAGAGGAGAAGCUCAAAUUGUAUCACUCCCUGGCAGGGAGUCUUCAGGACUCAGCAAUUCUGCUCAAGCGAGUGACUGUGCACCUUGAAGGUCUUGUUCCACACCUCGAUCCCUCCGCUUAUGAGAAAGCCAAGCAUCGCAUCCAGGCCUGGCAGGAGGAGUUAAAGCUGCUGACUUCGGCCAUUGGUGUGACGGUGACCGAGUGUGAGAACCGCAUGGUGCAGAGGAUAGACUUCCAGAGCGAGCUGAGCCGUUCCCUGGACUGGCUGAGGAGCGUGAAGGCAGAGCUGAGUGCGCCGCUGUGCCUGGACCCGAACCUACGGGACAUCCAGGAGGAGAUCAGAAAGGUCCAAAUUCAUCAGGAGGAGAUACAGUCCAGCCUGAGGAUCGUGAACGCCCUGAGCAACAGGGAGAAGGAGAAAUUCGAGAAAGCCAAGGAGCUGAUUCCUGCCGAUUUACAGCACACCCUCUCUGAGCUCUCGGAGCUGGAUGGGGACGUUCAGGAAGCUUUACGCACCAGGCAGGCUGCCUUGACUCAGGUGUACAGUCAAUGCCAAAGGUACUAUCACGUGUUUCAAGCAGCUGACGACUGGCUGGAGGAUGCCCAUGAAAUGGUACAGCUGGCAGGCAAUGGCCUCGAUGUAGAGAGUGCGGAGGAAAGUCUCAAAAGCCACCUGGAAUUUUUUCGUGCAGAGGAUCAGUUCCAGAGUAACCUGGAGGAGCUCCGAGGCCUGGUAGCCAACCUGGACCCACUCAUCAAGCCAGCUGGAAAAGAGGACCUAGCACAGAGAAUGUCCUCCCUGGAACAGAAGAGCCAGAGGGUAAUCCAGGAGUCACACGCCCAACUGGAUCUCUUGCAGAGAUGUGCAGUUCAAUGGCAGGAUUAUCAGAAAGCAAGGGAAGAGGUUAUCGAAUUGAUGAAUGAUGCAGAAAAGAAACUGUCUGAAUUUUCCCUAUUGAAGACUUCUUCCAGUCACGAAGCAGAAGAAAAAUUGUCAGAACACAAGGCUUUGGUGUCAGUCGUUAACUCUUUUCAUGAGAAAAUUGUGGCUCUAGAGGAUAAAACUUCACUAUUGGAAAAAUCUGGAAACGAUGCCAGCAAAGCAACCAUAGGCAGGUCGAUGACGACAGUAUGGCAGCGCUGGGCGCGUCUCCGCGCUGUGGCCCAGGACCAGGAGAAGAUCCUGGAAGAUGCCGUGGACGAGUGGAAGAACUUGAGCACGAAGGUUAAAAAAGCCACUGAAAUGAUUGACCAGUUGCAAGAUAAAUUACCCGGAAGUUCAGCAGAGAAAGCCUCAAAAGCAGAGCUCUUAACUCUUCUUGAGUAUCAUGACACAUUCACCCUGGAGCUGGAACAGCAACAGUCGACCCUAGGCAUGCUGAGACAACAGGCGCUGAGCAUGCUCCCGGAGGGGACCACGCCACCCCCUGGAGAAGAGCCACCCAUUGUGCAGGAAAUCACAGCGAUGCAGGAUCGGUGCCUAAACAUGCAGGAGAAAGUGAAGAACAGUGGGAAGGUGGUAAAACAAGAGCUGAAGGACCGAGAAGUGGUGGAGACUCAAAUCAAUUCUGUGAAAUCUUGGGUUCAGGGAACGAAGGAGUAUCUGGGGAAUCCAACAAUAGAAAUAGAUGCUCAACUUGAAGAACUUCAGAUUCUCCUAACAGAAGCCAAAAAUCACCGACAGAACAUUGAGAAAAUGGCUGAAGAACAGAAGAACAAGUACCUGGGUCUUUAUACUAUAUUACCUUCUGACCUCUCCCUUCAGUUAGCUGAGGUGGCGUUGGACCUGGGAACGAUUCAUGAUCAGAUCCAGGACAAAGUAAAAGAAGUUGAACAGAACAAGGCUACCAGCCAGGAGUUCAGCCGGCAAAUUCAGAAGAUAGCCAAAGAUCUCACAACUAUUCUGACUAAGCUGAGGGCAAAGACAGAUAAUUUAGUUCAAGCUAAAACUGAUCAAAAGGUGCUGGGAGAGGAGUUAGGCGCCUGUAAUUUAAAGUUAAUGGAGCUCGAUGAAGCAGUACAGAAAUUCUCAGAACAGAACGAUCAACUGGGUAAGCCCCUGGCCAAGAAGAUAGGAAAACUCACUGAACUGCACCAGCAGACCAUCAGGCAGGCGGAGAGCCGGCUGUCCAGGCUCAGCCAGGCUGCCUCACAUUUAGAAGAGUACGAUGAAAUGCUUGAAUUAAUUUUGAAGUGGAUUGACAAAGCUAAAGUCUUGGUGCAGGGAAAGAUUGCGUGGAAUUCUGCAAGACAACUUUGGGAGCAGUACAUUUCACAUCAGACGCUGCUAGAGGAAUCUGAAGAAAUUCACAGCGACCUGGAAGCAAUGGCUGAGAAGUUACAGUACCUCGCUAGUGUGUACUCUACAGAAAAAAUGUCUCAGCAAGUGGCAGAGCUGGGGCGGGAGACGGAGGAAUUGCGGCAGAUGAUCAAAGUUCGUUUGCAGAAUCUCCAAGAUGCUGCCAAGGAUAUGAAAAAAUUUGAAACCGAGCUAAAAAACCUACAAGUUGCUUUGGAGCAAACCCAGGCAACCCUGACUUCUCCAGAAGUCGGACGUCUUAGCCUCAAGGAGCAGCUCUCUCAUCGACAGCGUUUGCUGUCUGAGAUGGAGUCACUCAAGCCAAAGGUCCAUGCAGUGCAGAGGUGCCAGAGCGCGCUCCGGGUCCCCGAGGACGUGGUCACCAGCUUGCCACUGUGCCAGGCCGCUCUGCAGCUGCAGGAGGAGGCCAGCCGGCUGCAGCACACGGCCAUCCAGCAGUGCAACAUCCUGCAGGAGGCCAUGGUACAAUAUGAACAGUAUGAGCAGGAAAUGCAGCACCUCCAGGAGCUGAUAGAAGGAGCUCACAGGGAGAUUGAGGAUAAGCCCGUGGCCACCAGCAACAUCCAGGAGCUGCAGGCCCAGAUCUCUCGGCACGAGGAGCUGGCUCAGAAAAUCAAGGGCUACCAGGAGCAGAUCGCCUCUUUGAACUCCAAGUGCAAGAUGCUGACGAUGAAAGCCAAGCAUGCCACCAUGCUCCUGACUGUGACCGAGGUGGAGGGGCUGGCGGAGGGGACUGAGGACCUGGACCGGGAGCUCCUCCCCGCGACCUCGGCCCACCCCUCUGUGGUCAUGAUGACUGCAGGUCGCUGUCACACUUUGCUGUCACCUGUCACUGAAGAGUCUGGGGAGGAGGGAACCAACAGUGAGAUUUCCUCUCCACCUGCCUGUCGUUCCCCUUCACCUGUGGCUAAUACAGAUGCUUCUGUUAACCAGGAUAUUGCUUAUUACCAAGCCUUGUCUGCUGAGCGGUUGCAGACAGAUGCCGCAAGAAUUCACCCCAGCACAUGGCCAUCCCAGGAGUUCUACGAGCCAGGCCUGGAGCCAUCGGCAACUGCCAAACUGGAUGACCUGCAGCGUUCCUGGGAAACCUUGAAGAACGUGAUCAGUGAAAAGCAGCGCACACUCUACGAAGCUUUGGAACGCCAACAAAAGUACCAGGACUCCCUCCAGUCCAUCUCUACAAAAAUGGAGGCUGUUGAGAUGAAACUCAGUGAGAAUCUAGAACCUGGCAGGAGCCCAGAAAGUCAGAUGGCUGAACAUCAGGCUCUGAUGGACGAGAUUCUCAUGCUUCAGGAUGAAAUCAGUGACCUUCAGGCAUCGCUCGCAGACGAGCUGGUGUCCAAGUCCCCAGAGUGCGACCCCGCGGAGCAGCUGGCCCUGCAGUCCACGCUCACUGUCUUAGCAGAGCGCAUGUCCACCAUCAAGAUGAAAGCAUCAGGGAAACGGCAGCUGUUGGAGGAGAAGUUAAACGAUCAGCUGGAGGAACAGAGACAGGAGCAGGCCCUGCAGAGAUACCGCUCUGAGGCUGACGAGCUGGACCACUGGCUCUUAGUCACCAAGGCCACCCUGGACCUUGCACUGGGUGCACCCAAGGAGCCCAUGGACAUGGAGGCCCAGCUGGUGGACUGCCAGAACAUGCUGGUGGAAAUAGAGAAGAAGGUGGUCGCCUUAUCGGAGCUCUCCGUCCACAGUGAGAACCUGCUGCUGGAGGGCAAGGCUCACACGAAGGACGAGGCUGAGCAGCUGGCCUCGAAGCUGAGAACUCUCAAGGGGAGCCUCCUGGAGCUACAGAGAGCACUGCACGACAAGCAGCUCAACAUCCAGGGAACAGCGCAAGAAAAGGAGGAGAGCGAUGCAGACCUGAGUGCCACCCAGAGCCCCGGUGUCCAGGAAUGGCUGGCCCAAGCUCGCACCACGUGGGCCCAGCAGCGGCAGAGCAGCCUCCAGCACCAAAAAGAGUUGGAACAGGAAUUGGCAGAGCAGAAGAACCUUCUCCGGUCGGUCGCCAGCCGUGGAGAGGAAAUUCUAACCCAGCACUCGGCGGCAGAGACUCCUGGUGGUGUUGGGUAUGUUUCUGAACACUUUAUCUCUUCUUGUUACUGGUUUCCUGACAUUGGAAGCAAUCUCUACAGCAGGCCCAACCGGCUGCUGUCUGGCGUACCGCUGUACAGAGGGGAAGGGCAGGCCCAAGAUAAGUCUGCAGUGACGUCUCUGCUGGAUGGAUUGAACCAGGCCUUUGAGGAGGUUUCGUCCCAGGGUGGCGGGACGAAGAGUCAGAAUAGCCACUUGGAACAGAAAUUAUAUGAUGGGGUCUCAGCCACCUCUACUUGGUUGGAUGGUGUUGAGCAAGGUUUAUUUGUUGCCACAGCACUUUUGCCAGAAGAAACAGAGACUUCUCUCUUCAACCAAGAGACGCUUGCCAAAGAUAUUAAGGAAAUGUCAGAAGAGAUGGAUAAGAACAAGAACUUGUUUUCCCAAGCAUUUCCAGAGAAUGGUGAUAAUCGUGAUGUUAUUGAGGACACUUUGGGGUGUCUUUUGGGACGGUUAUCCUUGCUAGACUCGGUAGUAAAUCAACGAUGUUAUCAAAUGAAGGAAAGACUUCAACAAAUACUAAAUUUCCAGAAUGAUCUGAAGGUGCUGUUUACGUCGCUGGCUGACAGCAAAUACAUUCUUCUGCAGAAACUGGCAAAUGUGUUUGAACAGCCCGUGGCAGAGCAAAUAGAGGCAAUACAGCAGGCAGAAGAUGGGCUAAAGGAAUUGGAUGCAGGAAUCAUUGAGUUAAAAAAGCGUGCUGACAAGUUGCAGAUUGAGCAGCCUUCCAUGCAAGAACUCUCCAAACUCCAGGACAUGUAUGAUGAACUAAUGGUAACCAUUGGCUCUCGGCGGAGUGGACUGAACCAGAACCUUGCACUCAAGAGUCAGUAUGAAAGGGCCAUGCAAGACCUGGCUGACCUGCUAGAAACUGGGCGAGAAAAGAUGGCAGGCGACCAGAAAAUGAUUGUGUCUUCCAAAGAGGAAAUCCAACAGCUACUUGACAAACAUAAGGAGUACUUCCAGGGCCUGGAAUCUCACAUGAUUUUGACUGAAACGCUCUUCCGAAAGAUAAUCAGCUUCGCGACCGGACAGGAAACUCAGUUGCAUGCAGAAGUGAUGGCGCAGGCUUCGGCAGUGCUAAAAGGGGCUCAUAAGAGGGGUGUGGAAUUGGAGUACAUUCUAGAGACAUGGUCGCACCUGGAUGAGGACUACCAGGAGCUCAGCAGACAGCUGGAGGUGGUGGAAAGCAGCAUCCCCAGUGUGGGGCUGGUGGAGGAGAGCGAGGACAGGCUCAUGGAUCGGAUAACACUCUACCAGCAUUUGAAAUCCAGCCUUAAUGAAUACCAGCCCAAAUUGUAUCAGGUGCUAGAUGACGGGAAACGACUUCUGCUAUCCAUUAGCUGCUCAGAUCUAGAAAGCCAGCUAAACCAACUUGGAGAACAUUGGUUAAAUAAUACCAACAAAGUGUCUAAGGAACUUCACAGAUUGGAAACAAUAUUGAAGCACUGGACCAGAUAUCAAAGUGAAUCUGCAGCUCUAAGUCACUGGUUACAGUCUGCAAAAGACAGGCUAGAAUUUUGGGCUCAGCAAUCUGUGACGGUCCCACAGGAACUGGAAAUGGUCCGUGACCAUCUGAAUGCUUUCCUGGAGUUUUCCAAAGAAGUGGAUGCCAAAUCGUCCCUAAAAUCAUCUGUUCUGAGCACCGGAAAUCAGCUUCUUCGAUUGAAGAAAGUGGACACAGCUUCCCUGCGUUCUGAGCUGUCACACAUUGACAGCCAGUGGACUGACCUGCUGACAAAUAUUCCCAAUGUCCAGGAAAAGCUCCACCAGCUGCAAAUGGAUAAGCUACCUUCUCGCCACGCCAUUUCUGAAGUCAUGACUUGGAUUUCUCUCAUGGAAAAUGUCAUUCAAAAGGAUGAAGAAGAUAUAAAAACUUCCAUAGGUUCAAAGGCCAUUCAUGAAUACCUUCAGAAAUAUAAGGGUUUUAAGAUAGACAUUAACUGUAAACAGCUGACUGUCGAUUUCGUGAACCAGUCUGUGCUACAGAUCAGCAGCCAGGACGUGGAAAGCAAACGCAGCCAUAAGACUGAUUUUGCCGAGCAACUUGGGGCGAUGAAUAAAAGUUGGCAAAUCCUGCAGGGUCUAGUAGCUGAGAAGAUUCAGCUGUUGGAAGGCUUGUUGGAAUCUUGGUCAGAAUAUGAAAAUAAUGUACAAUGUAUGAAAACUUGGUUUGAAACCCAGGAGAAGAGAUUGAAGCAACAUCAUCAAAUUGGAGAUCAGGCUUCAGUUCAGAACGCCGUGAGAGACUGUCAGGAUCUAGAAGAGUUGAUUAAAGCAAAAGAAAAAGAGGUAGAGAAAAUUGAACAGAAUGGACUUGCUUUGGUUCAGGACAAGAAAGAAGUGUCUGACGUCGUCGUGAGCACGCUACGAGAGCUCAGCCAAAGCUGGGCAAACCUGGACCACAUGGUUGGGCAGUUAAAGAUACUAUUGAAGUCUGUGCAUGACCAGUGGGGCCAUCACAAAGUGGCCUUUGACGAGAUAAACAGUUGCCUCAUGGAGGCCAGGUACUCUCUCUCCCGGUUCCGUCUGCUGACCGGCUCUUUAGAAGCUGUGCAAGUUCAGGUAGAAAGUCUUCAGAAUCUUCAAGAUGAUCUAGAAAAACAGGAAAAGAGCUUACAGAAAUUUGGCUCAAUCACCAACCAACUAUUAAAAGAGUGUCACCCCCCUGUGACAGAAACUCUAACCAAUACAUUAAAGGAAGUCAAUAUGAGAUGGCUCAACUUGCUGGAAGAGAUCGCGGAGCAGCUGCACUCCAGCAGGGCCCUGCUGCAGCUGUGGCAGAGGUACAAGGACUACUCCAAGCAGUGUGCCUCCACGGUCCAGCAGCACGCGGAUGGCACCAACGCGCUCUUGAAGACGGCCACUAACAAGGACAUCGCUGAUGACGAAGUGGCUGCGUGGAUCCAAGAUUGCCACGAUCUCCUCAAGGGACUGGGCCCAGUUAAGGAUUCCCUUUUUGUUCUCCGUGAGCUGGGAGAGCAACUCAAGCAACAAGUGGAUGCUUCAGCAGCGUCAGCUAUUCAAUCAGAUCAACUCUCUUUGAGUCAACACUUAUGCACCCUAGAACAGGCUCUCUGCAAACAGCAGACUGUAUUACAGGCCGGCGUUCUUGACUAUGAAACCUUCACCAAGAGCUUAGAAGCUUUGGAGGCCUGGAUAGUAGAAGCUGAAGAAACACUACAAGGGCAGGACCCCAGCCACUCUUCCGACCUCUUGACCAUUCAGGAAAGGAUGGAAGAACUGAAGGGACAGAUGUUGAAAUUCAGCAGCAUGGCCCCAGAUUUAGACCGUCUGAAUGAGCUUGGCUAUAGGCUACCCCUGAAUGAUAAAGAAAUCAAAAGGAUGCAGAGUCUGAACCGGCACUGGUCUCUGAUCUCCUCUCAGACUACAGAAAGAUUCAGUAAGUUGCAGUCAUUUUUGCUACAACAUCAGACUUUCUUGGAAAAAUGUGAAACAUGGAUGGAGUUUCUGGUUCAAACAGAGCAAAAAUUAGCAGUAGAGAUUUCAGGAAAUUAUCAGCAUCUUUUGGAGCAGCAGAGAGCACACGAGUUGUUUCAAGCAGAGAUGUUCAGCCGUCAACAAAUUUUGCACUCGAUCAUUACUGAUGGGCAGCAUCUUCUAGAACAAGGUCAAGUUGAUGACAGAGAUGAGUUCAGCUCGAAAUUGAUACUUCUCAGUAAUCAGUGGCAGGGAGUGAUUCGCAGGGCCCAGCAAAGGAGAGGCAUCAUUGACAGCCAGAUUCGGCAGUGGCAGCGCUAUCGGGAGAUGGCAGAAAAGCUUCGCAAAUGGCUGGCUGAAGUGUCCUAUCGACCCAUGAGUGGCCUCGGAAGUGUCCCGAUACCACUGCAGCAAGCAAGGACCCUCUUUGAUGAAGUGCAGUUCAAAGAAAAGGUGUUCCUGCGACAACAAGGCAGCUACAUCCUGACGGUGGAGGCGGGCAAGCAGCUCCUGAUCUCUGCAGACAGCGGGGCGGAGGCCGCCUUGCAGGCCGAACUCGCGGAAAUCCAAGAGAAAUGGAGAACAGCCAGCGUGUGUCUGGAGGAGCAGAAGAAAAAACUGUCCUUCUUGUUGAAAGACUGGGAAAAAUGUGAGAACGGCAUAGCUGAAUCUCUGGAGAAACUACGGACUUUCAAAAAGAAGCUUUCCCAACCUCUACCGGAUCACCACGAAGAGCUCCAUGCAGAGCAAAUGCGUUGCAAGGAAUUGGAGAAUGCAGUGGGGAGCUGGACAGAUGACUUGGCACAGUUGACACUCCUGAAGAACACCCUCUGUACCUACAUCAGUGCUGAUGACAUCUGCAUCCUGAAUGAACGUGUGGAGCUUCUGCAAAGGCAGUGGGAAGAACUGUGCCACCAGCUCUCCCUAAGGCGGCAGCAAGUGAGUGAAAGACUGAAUGAAUGGGCAGUCUUCAGCGAAAAAAACAAGGAGCUCUGCGAAUGGCUGACUCAGAUGGAAAGCAAAGUUUCCCAAAAUGGAGACGUUCUCAUUGAAGAAAUGAUAGAGAAGCUGAAGAAGGAUUAUCAAGAGGAAAUUGCCAUUGCCCAAGAGAACAAAAUACAGCUCCAACAAAUGGGAGAACGACUUGCUAGAGCCAGCCAUGAAAGCAAGGCCUCUGAGAUUGAAUACAAGCUUGGAAAGGUCAACGACCGGUGGCAGCAUCUCCUGGAUCUCAUGGCAGCCAGGGUGAAAAAGCUGAAGGAGACGCUGGUCGCUGUACAGCAGCUGGAUAAGAACAUGAGCAGCCUGAGGACGUGGCUGGCUCGCAUCGAGUCCGAGCUGGCCAAGCCCAUCGUCUAUGAGUCCUGUGACUCGGAAGAAAUACAGAGAAAGCUGAGCGAGCAGCAGGAGCUUCAGAGAGACAUAGAGAAACACAGCACAGGUGUGGCCUCUGUCCUCAACCUGUGUGAGGUCCUACUGCACGAUUGUGAUGCUUGUGCCACGGACGCUGAGUGUGACUCCAUCCAGCAGGCUACGCGAAACCUGGACCGGCGAUGGAGGAAUAUCUGCGCUAUGUCCAUGGAAAGAAGGCUCAAAAUUGAAGAGACUUGGAGACUGUGGCAGAAGUUUCUGGAUGACUACUCCCGAUUUGAAGAUUGGCUCAAGAUUUCAGAAAGGACAGCUGCCUUCCCCAGCUCUUCUGGGGUGCUCUAUACAGUUGCCAAGGAUGAACUAAAGAAAUUUGAGGCUUUCCAGCGACAGGUGCACGAGAGCCUGACCCAGCUGGAACUGAUCAACAAGCAGUACCGCCGCCUGGCCAGAGAGAACCGCACCGACUCUGCCUGUAGCCUAAAGCAGAUGGUUCACGAAGGCAACCAGAGAUGGGACAACCUGCAAAAGCGCGUCACCUCCAUCUUGCGCAGGCUCAAGCAUUUCAUUGGCCAGCGUGAGGAGUUUGAGACGGCACGGGACUACAUUCUGGUGUGGCUGACAGAAAUGGAUUUGCAGCUCACUAAUAUUGAGCAUUUUUCCGAGUGUGAUGUUCAAGCUAAAAUAAAGCAACUCAAGGCCUUCCAGCAGGAAAUUUCCUUGAACCACAAUAAGAUCGAGCAGAUAAUCGCCCAAGGAGAGCAGCUGAUAGAAAAGAGUGAGCCUUUGGACGCAACUAUCAUUGAGGAAGAGCUGGAUGACCUCCGGCGCUACUGCCAGGAGGUCUUCGGGCGCGUGGAGCGAUACCACAAGAAGCUGAUCCGCCUGCCCCUCCCAGACGAUGAGCAUGACCUGUCUGACCUGGAGCUGGAUGACUCUGCAGCUCUCUCGGACCUCCACUGGCAUGACACGUCUGCCGACAAUGUGCUCUCCCCUCCGCCUUCCUCCAACCCCUCCCUCUCACUCGCCCAGCCCCUCCGGAGCGAACGGUCAGGACGAGACACCCCUGCCAGUGUGGACUCUAUCCCCCUGGAGUGGGACCAUGACUAUGACCUCAGUCGUGACCUGGAGUCCGCCGUGUCCAGAACUCUGCCCUCUGAGGAUGAAGAGGGCCAGGAAGACAAAGAUUUCUACCUCAGAGGAGCUGUUGGCUUAUCAGAUGUAAUGAUCCCCGAAAAUCCUGAGGCCUAUAUAAAACUCACAGAAAGUGCCAUCAGAAACACCUCUGGGGAUCCCAGCAGCUUAGAGUCACAGAUCCGACAACUGGACAAAGCCCUGGAUGACAGCCGCUUUCAGAUGCAGCAAACUGAAAAUAUCAUCCGCAGCAAAACUCCCACGGGACCCGAGCUCGACUCCAGCUACCGAGGCUAUAUGAAACUGCUGUCUGAAUGCAGCGGCAGCAUAGACUCCGUGAAGAGGCUGGAGCACAAACUGAAGGAAGAAGAAGAGAACUUUCCGGGCUUUGUCAACCUGAAUAGCACAGAAACCCAGACAGCUGGCGUGAUUGACCGAUGGGAGCUCAUACAGGCUCAGGCCCUGAGCAAGGAGCUGAGGAUGAAGCAGAACCUCCAGAAGUGGCAGCAGUUCAACUCCGACCUGAACAACGUCUGGACCUGGCUGGGAGAGACGGAGGAGGAGCUGGAGCAGCUCCAGCGCCUGGAGCUCAGCACCGACAUCCAGUCCAUCGAGCUCCAAAUAAAAAAGCUCAAGGAGCUCCAGAAAGCUAUGGACCAUCGCAAAGCCAUCAUCCUCUCCAUUAACCUGUGCAGCUCUGAGUUCACCCAGGCCGGCACUGAGGACAGCCAGCGCCUACAGGACCGCUUGUCCCAGAUGAAUGCGCGCUGGGACCGGGUGUGCUCGCUGCUAGAGGACUGGCGGGGCCUGCUCCAGGACGCCCUGAUGCAGUGUCAGGAUUUUCAUGAAAUGAGUCAUGGUUUGCUUCUCAUGCUGGAGAACAUUGACAGAAGGAAAAAUGAAAUUGUUCCUAUCGAUUCUACCCUUGAUGCAGAGGUACUCCAGGACCAUCACAAACAGCUUAUGCAAAUAAAGCAUGAGCUACUGGAAUCCCAGCUCAAAGUGGCCUCACUGCAGGACAUGUCCUGCCAGCUGUUGGUGAAUACUGAAGGCACAGACUGCUUAGAAGCCAAAGAAAAAGUCCAUGUGAUUGGAAAUCGGCUCAAACUUCUCUUGAAGGAGGUCCGUCGUCACAUCAUGGAACUGGAGAGGUUAUUAGAUGUGUCAAGCAGUCAGCAGGAUUUGUCUUCCUGGUCGUCUGCUGAUGAACUGGACACCUCAGGAUCUGUGAGUCCUACGUCAGGACGAAGCACCCCAAACAGACAGAGAACGCCACGAGGCAAACGUAGUGUCUCACAGCCUGGACCCUCUGUCAACAGUCCACACAGCAGGUCCAUAAAAGGUGGCUCCGAUUCCUUCCUUUCUGAGGCUCAGCCAGCUCGGUCCGGCCGGGCUUUCCUGGUCAGAGUGCUCCGCGCGGCUCUUCCACUUCAGCUUCUCCUCCUGCUCCUCAUCGGGCUCGCCUGCCUUGUACCCAUGUCAGAGGAAGACUACAGCUGUGCCCUCUCCAACAAUUUUGCCCGGUCAUUCCAUCCCAUGCUCAGAUACACCAAUGGCCCUCCCCCGCUCUGAGCGAAGCAGGUGUUAUCUGCAACAGUGCCGCGAGCCUAAGGAUUUGGCCAAAAGCAAUCCCAAAAUAUCAAAAAGGGGACCCGAGUCUUGGCGAAUGGCCUCAAUGUGGCAGCUUUAGCUGUCCUCCAUGUCCCAGGUAUGCAAAUUAUGGCUUCGGAAGCAGAUGAUAAACAAUGACAGGAGGAGAGCAAAUAGAAGACAAGAGAUUUGGAAGAAAUAUUGCUUGAAACUCUGAGCCUCAGUACUAAAGAGACUGAGGACCUCCAAUGCUCCCUGGACACGGGAAUCCUGGGCCUUUGGCCCAUUCUAUGCAGACCCAAGGACUUCAGCACACCACGGGGCAGCUUUCCCAUGGUGCUGCUCCAUCCAUUCAAUAAGUGACGCUACCUGAGCGCCAUGUUCGUCUCAAGCAACCUGAAGAGAUUUUAGAACCGUGUAACAUACAAUUUUUAAGAGCUUACAUGGCAGCUUCCUUUUUACCUUGUUUUCCUUUGGGGCAUGAUAGUUCUAACCUUUGCUUUAGAAGCACAAGAUGUAAAUUUGAAAGGCACUUUUUUUUUUAAAGUAUAAAGAAAAACUGGAAGACUGGAUGUAAUAAAUAAGAUCAUGGAAGGCUUUAUGUGAAAAAAAAGUUAAAUGUUAUAGUAAAAAAAAAUAUUUAUGUAUGUACAGUUUGCUAAAGCCAACUUUUGUUUGUAUUGAUUUCUUUGCAUUUAUUAGAGAUACUAUAAAAUAA